AUGGACUACAUGCUUGCUGGUAAUAAUUGCUUUGCGGAUAUCGAUGAUGAGACUGCGAAGUUGAUCAUUCAGCUUCAGCUCGAUGACAUUGAGUACUCAUCUUCGAAGGGAAAAGAUCGCCCUGACGAUGUAUCCGACAUCUCAGUUGCAUUCAAAAUGCAGAAAGAGGAAUUGGAGAACAUUGCUUUAUUCUUGUCGGAUCAACGAAUGACGAGAAGUAUUGCAUUGGCCGUUCAAACUGAUGGGGCUGUUUUGACUGAAGCGGUAUCACGCGAUGACGCUCUUUUAAGAGAUCAUUCGAUGGCUUUACAAUUAUAUCGAGGUCCUUCAAAAUCGGCUACUACAUCACAGGUUACUCCGCCUGUUGCACCAAAUACACAGAUCUUGAAUGAGGAAGUCUUGCAAAAGCUUCAAAUACUGUAUGUCUCUGGCGACAACUCAAAGAACAACAACGCAGCAGAGUUGGAUGGAACAGAUUGCAGUUCGGUAAUUGGCUUAAAUGCGGAGUCUUCUACUUGGGCAGCCUCUAGAUCUUUACCCUCUAAGAGUACAUGCGUCAUCUGUCGCGAUGAGAUUAGCUUCUGCGAUGCAGCACGAGUUCCUGGCUCAUGCCGCCAUGAGUAUUGUCGUACCUGCCUUGAGCAGCUCUUUCACUUGUCAAUGAGCGAUGAAUCACUCUUCCCACCUCGCUGCUGCAACGAACCAAUCACUAUCGCUAGUGUCCGUCUUUUCCUCACAAGUUAUAUUGUGCAUGCUUUUGAAGAGAAGAGAAUCGAAUUUGAAACACCAAACAGAACUUAUUGCUGCUUACAGUCUUGCUCGGCUUUCAUCCACCCGUCCAGAAUCGUCAAUAACGAGGUUUUGGAUCUUGCUAGGGACAGUGGCUGGCAAAGAUGUUAUUCAUGCUGGGAUAUGGUGAAGCUUGAAGUUGGAUGCAACCACAUAAAAUGCCGAUGCGGAGCCACAUUUUGUUAUAUCUGUGGGCUGAAAUGGAAGACUUGUAGAUGCCCACAAUGGCACGAGGACCAGUUGAUAGCUCGUGCUACAGAGAUUGUCAACCGCAGACCUGGUCAUCAACUACUCGAGCGCCCCUAUCAAGCCAUCGGACAAGGAUCUACAAUUGAAGCUCAAAUUGCGGUAGCUGCGGAGGAUCUUCGACAGAAUCAUGCGUGUGAGCACAAUACAUGGCGCAAACUACAAGGAUCUCAUCAGCGUGAGGGUUGUCAUCAUACUCUGGGACAUUUCAUUUUUGCAUGUCGUCAAUGCGAAUUAAGAGUUUGCAACAGAUGCAGACUUAAUAGAUUGUAG